AGUUGUAGUAUUAGUAAUAGGAACAAAGUUAUUAAAAUAAUCGAUGUUCAAUUAGUAAUUGCGGCUAAAUCGAAAACCUUGAGUACAGUGGGUCCCGGAUAUUCGUCGACACCUGAAGAGCUUCUCGAUGUCAUGAGCAUCGGCAGCAAGAAGAAUAUUCGUGCUAAUGGUUACUCUAGAUGCGAUGGCAAUUCGGGUUAUGGUAAGCCAUUAGUAACGCCAGUCAACAAAAGAUUAACACUCAGAAGAGAUUUGCCUUGGCCGCAGCUGAGUGCUGACGGUGUCCCCGAUCCGCAUAUCCGGUGCACGCCAAGUAUCGGAAACCACACGAAAUCCCCCACUAGGGCAUGGAAAGCAACGAAGGCCUCUGUAUCCGGGAACAAGUUACGGGCAUCGAAUACUAAUCCCAAUGUCUAUCCGGAUACUAAAAUACCCAUCAUGAGGAGCAAUAUCGGCGCUAAAUCAUUACGGCCUUCCGUCUCGUCUCUACAUCGAUCUAAUAGCAGAAGUCCGGCUAGGAAACAAAAGUCUUUCAACAGCACAUCAAGUAACUUCCAAGAACCAAUGAGGAGAGCAACAUCGAUCAAAGAUGUUAACCCAUCUGUCGACAAAAUGAAGUCGUUGUCUAGGGAACCAUACGGGGUUCCACCGCUGACCAGGCCAGCCCGUGAAGAAAAAAUAGAUAGACCAUCAGUAAACAAAUUCGAUGACGAAUUAAGAAGACAGCAACUGCUAGAAAUAAAAAAAAAGUUCCAAAGUAAACGAUUUUGGAAUGAUUCAAAGUACGAUAAAAUUGAAGGUUUGAACUGGAUAUCAUGGAAAUAAACACUUUUUUUUUAUAUUAUAAACAAUCUGUAUUUUAUAAAUUUAAAGUGGUAGUAACACUGCAGUGUGGAGUCUAAUGUUAAAGUUUACGAGCAUAAUGUCAAUUAAAAAAAUUGAAAAAUCA